CAUACCAACAUUGGAUUGAGAUAAGGUCUUUAAAAAAAAAUCAAAACAUUUCAAGAACAAAGAUAGGAAUUUCAUCAACCAACCAAACCUCCACACUCUCUCUCUCUCUCCUCUCUGUCUCUGUCUAUGGCUGCAACUCCACUCUCCACAGCUCUAGAUGUCCACUGUAGCAUCCCACACACGGCAGACACAAAGAGACCAAUCUUCUUCACCUCUCCACUAAGACUCCCCACCAAGAGAUUCACCAUUUCAUGCACCUCCUCCAAAUCUCCAUCUCCCCCAAAACCACCACCAGAUUUAUCAGAGCCUCACCACCAACAAAACCCAUCUCUCUCCGACCAACUCAAGCCUCUAUCCACCACAAUCCUCUCUGAUUCACCCAAAAAAGACCAAACCCACCUCCAAGCAAAGCCAAAGUCCACUUGGGUCAACCCCACCAAGCCCAAACCCUCUGUGCUAAGCCUCCAGCGCCACAAGCGCUCUCCAUACUCAUACAAUCCCCAAAUCAGAGACCUGAGGCUCUUCGCCAGGAAGCUCAAUGACUCCCCCAAUUCCGAAGCUGCUUGCAUGGCAAUUCUUGAAGAAAUCCCACACCCACCCACCAGAGAAAAUGCCCUAUUGGUGCUCAAUAGCUUGAGGCCAUGGCAAAAGACUCUCCUUUUCUUCAAUUGGGUCAAGACCCAAAACUUGUUUCCUAUUGAAACCAUCUUCUACAAUGUGACAAUGAAGUCUCUGAGGUUUGGUAGGCAGUUUCAGGUCAUGGAAGAGCUUGCAAAUGAGAUGGUCAGUAAUGGGGUUGAGCUUGACAACAUCACAUACUCCACUAUCAUAACUUGUGCCAAGAGGUGUAACCUUUUUGACAAGGCUGUGGAGUGGUUUGAGAGGAUGUACAGGACAGGGUUGAUGCCUGAUGAGGUCACAUACUCUGCUGUUUUGGAUGUGUAUGCCAAAUUGGGGAAGGUGGAGGAGGUGAUGAGCUUGUAUGAGAGAGGGAGGGCUAGUGGGUGGAGACCUGACCCCGUUGCCUUUGCUGUCUUGGGGAAGAUGUUUGGUGAGGCUGGGGACUAUGAUGGCAUUAGGUAUGUGUUGGAGGAAAUGAGGUCACUUGGGGUGCAGCCCAAUUUGGUUGUGUACAACACAUUGUUGGAGGCAAUGGGGAAGGCUGGGAAGCCUGGGUUGGCCAGGAGUUUGUUCGAGGAGAUGGUGGAUUCCGGGAUUGAUCCGAAUGAGAAAACCCUGACCGCGCUUGUCAAGAUUUAUGGGAGGGCGAGGUGGGCUCGCGAUGCAUUGGAGCUUUGGCAGCGGAUGAGGUCGAAUGGGUGGCCUAUGGAUUUCAUUUUGUAUAACACAUUGUUGAGCAUGUGUGCUGAUCUAGGGUUGGAGGAGGAGGCUGAGACUCUGUUUGAUGAUAUGAAGGUAUCGGAGCAUUGUAGGCCUGAUACUUGGAGCUACACUGCAAUGCUGAACAUCUAUGGGAGUGGAGGGAAUGUGGAGAAGGCAAUGGGGUUGUUUGAGAAAAUGUCUGAGUUGGGUGUUGAGCUCAAUGUCAUGGGGUGCACUUGCUUGAUUCAAUGCUUGGGGAGGGCCAUGAGAAUUGAUGAUUUGGUCAAGGUUUUCGAGGUGUCAAUUGAAAGAGGUAUUAAGCCAGACGAUAGGCUGUGUGGGUGCUUGUUGUCUGUUGUGUCCUACUGCAAAAUGGAUGAGGAUUUGAAUAAGGUCCUUGCUUGUUUACACCAAGCAAACCCUAAAUUGGUUGGCUUCAUCAAAUUGCUGGAAGAAGAGGAAACUAGCUUCGAGACAGUUAAAGAGGAGUUCAGGGGCAUACUUAGCGACGCUGCAGUUGAGGUCCGGAGACCCUUCUGCAAUUGCUUGAUUGACAUAUGCAGAAACAGAAAUCUCCAAGAGAGAGCUCAUGAGCUUCUCUAUAUAGGGACUGUGUAUGGGUUAUAUCCAGGUUUACAUACCAAGACCGAAGAUGAGUGGCGGCUGAAUGUCCGGUCACUGUCCGUGGGUGCAGCUCACACAGCAUUUGAAGAAUGGAUGGGAACUCUGAUUAAAAUUGUGGAGCGGCAAGAGGAACUGCCGGAGUUAUUUUCAGCCAACACUGGUACAGGAACCCAUAAAUUCUCUCAAGGAUUGGCUAGUGCCUUUGCGUCGCACGUGAACAGACUUGCCGUGCCAUUCAGGGAAAGUGAAGAGAAAGCUGGUUUUUUUGUGGCGAAUCGACAAGAUUUAGUUUCAUGGGUGAAAUCAAGGGCCCUUGUUACAGCAUAAGCGAUGAACAAAGUGUAAUUAUAGAAGCAAUUGCUUCGGCGAAAAUGUAGAAUGUUAGUUCUAGUAAUUGAACUAAUAAUUUCAACCAGUAAUAUUCACAGCAUUUUGCAUGUUA